AUGGAAAAAUACGAAUAGCCUUAAGGGAUGACUGCAAUUCUUAAGGAGAUGAUUGAUAACGAUCCCUAUAACAAAUUCUGCGUAGACUGCACAACAAACCAAAGCACUCAUGCUUGCAUCUUUUACGGCACAUUUGUAUGUGAUAACUGCGCCAGAGCACAUAUUUAGUAACUUGGAAUGACAAAAAGUUACGUCAAGCCAGUACUUUCCGAUCUAUGGGAUGACUAUCAAAUGAAGUGUGUAACUUUGGGAGGAAAUAAAGCUUUCUGGGAUUUCAUCUCGCAAUAUAAAAUUGAAAGAGAUCCAAUUGGUAAGAAAUACAGAACUAAAGCAACUAAGUAUUAUAAAAGGAGAUUAAGUGCUCUUGUUCAAGAAUAAGAAUUCGUAGAGAUCUAGCCAGUCAGAAAUACUGAAGAAUUAGUUGAUAGAGGACUAGAGAAAUCAAAGGUUGUACUUGAUAAAGCGGAGACUAAGAUUGUUGGGUUCGGAAAAUACCUAGACAAAAAGAUAUCGAAUCUAUUCUGA